GCACCGAGCCUUUGAUCUGGUCUGCACCGCUCCUGUUUGUCUGUCUCGUGCGCUCCCGGUCUCUGCUCUGGAGUCGGUCGGUCAGCAUGAGCGGUGAAUGCGCGAGCUACUACAGCGCCGAGCGCGUGUUCGUCAGCGCGUUCACGUGCCCCCGACCGGACGGAGAUGCGCGCGCCGUGUUUUGCUGCGGAUUCAACGACGUUAAAUACUGCUGCGAUGAUCCGAACAGCUUCUUCCCGUACGAGUACGGGUACAUGUGGUGGCUCAGUGUUGGCGCUCUGGUGGGUUUAUCGAUAGCCGCUGUGGUCCUGCUGGCAUUCAUCAUCACUCUCUGUGUGCUCUGCUAUCUAUUUAUUGCCACCAAACCCAGAGGACUGGACAAUGGCCUGACACUUCAGGUUCCAGUGUCUGAGACGGGUCCUCAGGAGGGCCCCAGCCAGCCCAGCGCUCCGACUGGACCUCAGGGGUUCCGAAAGCAUUUCCUCAGAGGCAAACUGCACUGUGACAACCAGCCACCCGACCCGGAGCGCCUGUUUCAGCGCUGCUACAUGGCCACCGUCACCACUAUAAACGUAGAGGGACCCUCAUAA